AUGAAUAACAUUGCAAGAUUGACACUCCUUUGUGUAUUUCUUGUAUGUUUCGUCUAUUGUUCUUCAUCAUCAUUGGUAGAAGCAACAAGUUCAUCAUGUAGAUCACCAGCAGAUACUUCCUCAUCAUCAGCAAAGAGAGGUGCCACCGUUUUACAUCAAUCUGAAAUGGAAGAAAUAAUCGAAUCAGAAUUAUUAUCUUUACAUGCUGAAGGACUCAAUGCUGAAGAUAUGGAAUAUUUGGCUCUCUUAACUCAAGAACAAAUCAAUACUUUAGGAUUUGGUAGAAGAUUGAGAAGAGCUUUCAGAAGAGUUGGUAGAAUUGUGAGACGUAUUGGAAGAGCUGUUGCUAGAAUUGCUAAAGGACUUCUCAGAGGAGUUUUCAGACUUUUCAGAAGACGUUCCAGAGCUAUUAUUGAAAAUUCAGUGGCCAAUUUCAAUGGAUAUACUGGACCACAUAGAGAUACUUUGGAAUCUAGAAGACCAUUCGUUGGAGGUGGAGCUCAGAGAACUGCUGUUGCUGCAGCUGUUGUUUUGAGAAGAAGAAGAGGAUUUGGUAGAAGAUUUUUGAGAGCUGUCAGACGUUUGGGAAAUGCUGCCAAGAGAGCUCACUUUGGAGUUAGAGGAGCUGUUAGAGCUGUCAGAAGAUUUGGUAGAGCUGCUCUCAGAAAGAUCAAUGAACAAAGUUUAAAGAGAAGAGGAAAGGUUGGAAGAUUCUUCUCAGCCAUCUCCAGAACAAUUGCUAAACGUAGUAUGAAAAAGAAGAUGGAAGCUCUUGAAAAUCAAGAACCUGCAGCAAAUGGUAAACCAGUCAAUUGUGUUGCUUGUAGAGUUGAUUGUUUGAAGGAAUACGGAACUGUUGAUGGUGGAUCCAUGUUCUCAUCAUGUGGACAACGUUAUUAUUAUUAUGGAUGUCAAGCUGUUUCUCCAUGUUUCCAAACUAAAACUGCCUCUGAUGAUGAAAUUGAAGGAAUGGUUGGAAUUUGUGCCUACAGAAAUGGUUGUAAAUUUAAGAGCAAGUGGAGAUUGGUUGGUGAAAAUCAAAUUGUUACUGAUAGAUUGGUUGGUAGAAUUCGUGCUUCAGGUCAAAAUCCAGAAUCACCAUCUGAUACUUCCUCAUCAUCUGGUAAACGUGGAGCUGCUGCAACACUCGAAACUGAACUAAACGAAUUGAUCGAAGCAGAGUUAUUGAAUGCACAUGUUACUCUUGCUGAACAAGGACUCACCGAAGAAGAUUUGGAAUAUUUUACACAAUUAACAACUGAACAUGUUCAUAAUACAUUGCUAUUCAGAAGAUUAUUCAGAAGAAUUGGAAGAAUCGUCAGAAGAAUUGGACGUGCCAUUGGAAGAGCUUUCAGAGCUAUUGGUGGUAUUUUCAGAAGAAGACGUGCCAGAGAAAUUAUUAUGAAUUCAGUGAAGGAUUUCAAUGGAUUUACUGGACCUAAUAGAGAAGCAUUGGAAUUGAGAAGACCAUUCGUUGGAGGUGGAGCUCAGAGAACUGCUGCUGUUGUUGCUUCUGCUGCCACUACUUUGGGAUUCUUUAGAAGAAGAAGAAGUCAUAGAAGAAGAGCAGUAUUAAUGCCAAUUGUCAAUAAUAAUCGAAUUGUCUCAACAAAACCAUUCAGAGUUCCAGUUUCUCGACCAGUUUCUCAACCAGCAUUUGUUGCUAGAGGAAGAAUUGGUAGAAUUGGAAGAAUUGGAAGAAGAAGAGUUGCUGCACCAGUUAAUGCUCCAGCUGCUGUUGGAAGAAGUAGAAGAGGAAGAAGAACAAGUAUCUUUACCAAGAUUGGUCAAGGAAUUAAGGGAAUUGCUGGAAGAGUAAAGAAGGCAGCUGAUAAGGUUAAGGGAUCUUUGAAAUCCAAGAUGGAAGCUUUGGAAAAGAGUAAUGCCAAUGAUGGUAAUCAUCCAGUCAAUUGUGUUGCUUGUAGAGUUGAUUGUUUAAAGGAAUAUUCAACCAUUGAUGGAUCCAUGUUCUCAUCAUGUGGACAACGUUAUUAUUAUUAUGGAUGUCAAGCUGUUAAACCAUGUUUCCAAACAUCAACUGCCUCAGAUGAUGAAAUUGAAGGAAUGAUUGGAAUUUGUGCUUAUAGAAAUGAUUGCAAGUUUAAGGGAGAAUGGAAAGAAGUUUCUGAUAAUCAACUUGUUGCUGAUAAAUUGGUUGGUAGAAUUCGUGGUGCUGGACAGAAUCCAGAGUAA